AGGGAAGGAAAGAUUAGAAGACGCAACCGUUCAGAAGCAGCAAUGGGGAGCGUUAAGACGGAGAAGAGCCGCUCUCUCAAAAACCCUAAAAAUAAGCGAAAGAAACCUCUCGCCCCAACCAACCUUAACAACAAGAAAAAGUCCAAGAAACCCCGAAUCCAAAACCCCCAAACCACCAACAACAACAACGAAAUCAUCCAAAAGGUACAACAACCAGCAUCAGCGUCUGAGCAGCUUAGUUGUUUCCUCAAUCAGUUCCAAUCCGCCAAUGGGGUCCAGCUUUCUUCUCUCGAAUUAGAAUCUCUCAAAGUAGAUACUUGCAUUGUGGAGUUAUCUCAAGACACGGACCAGGAUGUUGAAAACUUGGGGAAACAUAUGAAGGCAGCGUUUGGGACAUCAUGGAAAGAAGUGCUUUGUGGAAAACAGGUUUUGGAAGGGAAAGUAGAUCCUGGGAGUCCAGCACUUCUUGUCGUUAGUUCAUCUGCCUUAAGAGCAAUAGAACUCCUAAGGGGUUUUCGCACGCUGACUAAAGAUUGCCAUGCCGUAAAGCUGUUUUCGAAGCAUAUGAAGGUUGAGGAACAGGUAUCCUUGUUAAAGAAUCGUGUUAAUAUUGCUAGUGGUACACCAAGCAGGAUAAAGAAGCUAAUUGACAUUGAGGCUUUGGCACUUUCACGGUUAGCAGUGAUUCUGCUUGAUAUACACCCAGAUGUUAAGGGCUAUUCCUUGUUUACGCUUCCACAAGUCAGAGAUGAAUUUUGGGACCUGUACAAGAACUAUUUUCAUCGACGACUACUCGAAGGUGAUCUGCGUAUUUGUCUCUAUGGUCCAUUACCAAGUGGCAAUGAAUUUAAGGGUAAAAAGAGUACUUGAGGGAUGAUUAUGUACAAAUUGAGUCAAAUGUGACGCUUAUAUCCUUUUAAUUUUGUUUGAGCCCAAAUGCUUGGCUCCUUUCAAGUUUUGACAACCACCCCCCCUCCUCCUUAACAAGUAGCAGAAAUAUAGAGCACCAUGUAGCUUAUCUAUAUAAAAAUUAGUUAGUAAAAUGAAUUAUUCACUUGUUUCUUCUCUC